AUGGUUUUUCAAACACAACACCAUCAUGAAUAUACAACUUGCAUUCUCAAAGAUGCUUUUUAAACGAAAAAUAUUUUUCUUUUUCAUCUUUAUUUGUCAUUGACCUUUAAGAAUUACAUAAAACAUCCCAACCUACGACAACAGCAAUUAAACAGAGGCUUUAAAAUCAGUGGAUAUAAAUGAUGAAAUGCUAAUUCUUGUGCAUAAAAUUCUGAAUUACUAAUGAAUGAGGAAGUCUAAGUGCCAAACUCUCGUGGGCAGGUUCAGCUACAUGCCAAAGACUGUCACGGUUCCUGAAACGCUGCAGAUCCUCACAGGUGACGGAAAGCCUCUGCUGUGCUUCUGCCUCACUUUCCUUGCGCUCUACUGCCAUCCAGCGGCAGCCAAACUUAUUUCUUGUACAUAUGCGUGCCAUACAUACUGUUCAACCUUUUUCUUCUUAGGAUUGUGAAUACGGCUCAAGGCUCUCCGUGGUGAGAAGCUGAAAGUCUGCAGCGCCCACUACUAGAAACAAUGACUGAAAUCCUGCUGUUCAUCUCAGCCACGAUUCCUAGCAGUGUGCACUGCAGGUCAGAAACUGCAGUACAGUGGACACACAGUAUUACCGACGGAAAACUCUUUGAGUAAAUCUACUUGUGCAUUCGUCUUCUAAUCCAUCCAUGGCUCUUCAGCUCAUCGGUUAUAUUCUGUCCAUCACUGGAUUAUGUGGCCUUAUUAUAGGCACAUUUACAAAUGAAUGGAAAAUCCUUGGACAUGACAACGACAAGACUGUGAUCCAGGACCAAUACAAAGGACUGUGGAUGGAGUGCUCAGUAGACAGUUCGUCUGUUGUGCACUGCACAAGUUACAAUUCUCUUCUUCAUCAAACCUAUGAAAUCCAGUUGGGCCGAGCAAUAAUGAUCGUCAGUAUCGUCUUUUCAAGCCUCGCAGCGCUGGUGGCCAUUUCUGGUCUCAAGUGCACAAGAUGUAUAGAAGAGAACGAGAAGCUGAAGGAUGGUGCUGCCUUCUUAGGAGGAAUCCUUUCUGUGUGUGGUGGUCUGUUUGCUUUGGGCAUAACCAGCUGGUUUAUAUAUGACAUUGUUGAUGUUUUCUUCCAGAAUGACACAGAGAAGGAGAGGUAUGUGGUCGGCAGAUCUCUGAUUGGUGCAUUUGUUGCAUCUGUGCUAUGUUUAUUCGGAGGCAUUCUCUUAUGCGCCUGCAGCGUGACACAUCUACAAUCCAACAAAAUUCUCAGCAAGCAUCCGGUCUCCAUGAAUCCUGAAAAGACUAUGUUUAAUAAUCCUGAGGUCAUCUGAAUACCAUCUGAACUGUUGUUAACUGCUGCGUAUUUGCAUAUAUUAUUCUUAUUUUUACUGACUGACAUCAACGUGCUGAUAUGAUUUAACAGCUUCUGAUGUAUGUUUAGAUGUGUGGGAUGGGCGCAGCAUUGAACUUUGACCUGUGAAUCAGUUUAGCUGCUAGAAAAGGAGAAGGCUGGGAUUGCAUAACUACCAGUUCUGCAUUGAGCACAGAGGAAGGUGGCGUUAUUAUCCAGUAAUAGUGUUACAGUAGUAACUGUAGGGAUGUUUUUACUUUAUUAAAAGAAGAUUCUAAGCUUGUAAGACAGCUUCAGCAUUUCAUGCCUGUUUGGUUGUUUUAUAAUGAAAUAAUUUCAAUAUUUAACUUUUUUUGUAUUAAAAAUCUAAAUCAGUAACCUU